UUACCAAGAGAUUAAUAAUCGUCCGUGUGUGAUAGCGUCAUUUCGUGUGUACACCGUCGUUUCGUAUGUGUUUCCCGUCGGCCGCCCGCUCACUGUAAUUGUUCCGUUUUUGGCAGUCCGCAAGGAAUAUUAUGUAGCGAGACGCGUUGAACGUAGUGCGAACGAAAGAAGAGUUUAAAAUACAAGAACGAACGUUUGUCCCGACAAAUAUAAACGAUGGACAGCAGUAACGGCGAGACGAAACAGCCGCCACCGCAGCCGAUCAGCACGACGACCGAUCUCUAUCAGAUAUGCCGUCUUUGUCUGAACACGUUGCAAGCGGACGAAGGCGAGUCCGUGUUCAACAAUCAGGUGCCGUCGUUGCCGGAGAAGAUUUACCGUGUAUUCGGGGUACAAAUAACUGAUGCUAAGGAUUUGCCAAAUAAACUUUGCUCAAAGUGUGUGCAAAACACAGAACAGUGUUAUAGCCAUAGAGAAACGUACAAACGCCAAGAACGUGUUUUACAUGACUUGUUGAAAAAACCAGCUGCUGAAGAAGUAAAAAAUUCACCCAAAUCUGAAUAUGUGUAUAGCCCAGCCGAUUCAAAUCAUUCUUCAUCGUCAGGUCUUGGAUCAGAUGCGCGAUAUGUUAAAGCCCAAAAUUCUGCUAAUAAUAUCAAUAAUGUUACUACAUCACCACCGUAUGAAACAAAUGCAUCACUCGCGUCACAUGUUGAAGUAAUUCAAGGAUGUGAUGAAAUGGCCGCUGAAGUGACAAUAGCUCAUGAUUCAGAAGAAACCGUAUCUGGAGAUGACACUAUCUGUACAGAUAACAAUGCAGAAUAUGGUACAUACAAUGAUGACGAAAAUAUAAUUGUAGUAAAAACUGAACCUGAUGAUGAAUAUGACGAAGAAUAUAAAAAUGAUGAUGGCUCCGAAGGCUAUGACCAACAAAGUGGUCCUAAAGUUAUUGCUAGCGUCCAAUUCCCUAUUGUCAAUGGUACAAUUGUUAAUGGUACUCAUAAAAUUGGUCAAAAACAAUUUUCGCUAGUGAAUUGUAUUCCAACAUCUUGGGCAUCCGGCACAAGUAAAGAUCGCCGUAAACAGAGUUGCCCUACCAGAGCGUUAGAGUUAAGUGGGUUCCGAACACAAGUUGCUGGUGAUGACACUAACUCGUCUGAUGAAGGAAACGGUCCCAACUGGACAACUAAAAAAAUCCGAUCUAACUCUCCAGCAGUCAUUGUAAAACCUGCAUAUGCUUGGCCAAAUUUACAAGGCAGUGGGCAAACUCUUAUUUUUCAAACAAAAAAUCCCGAUGGAACAACAUCAGAAUUACGUCCACAAGUCAUGCAAGUUGGUGAAUGGGCAAAUAAUCAAGGCCAAUCUAACGCUCCCACAGAUCCGUCGGAUCGAAUGGGGAUGUUAUUAUUUGCAGCCACACACAUACAAGAACUAUCAACAGAAAGCGACGAUGGGCAGUCACCGGGUACUCCUAAAGGUGCAACUGUAGUUCGUGGUAAAUUAGUAUCGUCUGACCAAAAACGCAAAAUUUAUCAAACACAGGCGACAAUCAGACGAUAUUCUGAUGGCCAUCAAGUACAACAACAAGUGAAAGAUAUAAAUGCUUCACCCAAUGUACCUAGGAAACGCACGGCAAGAGAAUCAUCCGUUCAGAGGAUGUGCAGUAAUUGUGGAACGACUUGUUCAACCAUAUGGCGACGUUUGAACGAAGACCCUGUGUGCAACGCUUGUGGAUUGUACUAUAAACUACAUGGAAAAAUCAGACCACCGACAAUGCGACGUGAUACCAUUCAUACGAGACAACGUAGAAAACGUUCUGACAAUGCACAUUAAACUAAAAUUAAGCGGUGGUCAGGACGAUAUACAAGAUUGCUUGCUUCAGGUAAGAACGCCAUGCAAAAAAGUAGAUGACAAUUCUAAUUAAAAUCUUUCAUUUUUAGUAUUAAACUGCUUGUAAUGCUUAAUUUUUUUUUUUAAUUUCAUUUUAAUUCAAUGUAAUACAUCUCUUUACGGUAAUAUCUACCAACAUAAACAUUUCUACUAACAUAAACAUUUAUAUAAAAAUCUAUAUAACUUUUUUUUUGUCAUGACCAUAAUAUUUUUUUAGCAAUAAAUUGUUUCAAAUAAAAACUGUAUAAACUUUGUAGAUGUAGUUUUUAAGAUAAUUAUUUAUUGAAACUAUUUGUCAAAGUAUGUUUAAAUGUAUGGGAGACAAUUUAUAUUUUUAAGUUUGUUAUUUGUUUGUGAAAGAAAUAUUAUUAAUUUUCAAAAAAUAAAAAUUGAAACAUAAUUAAAAAUAUAUUUUCUGAUAUCAGAGCUUAAAUAUAAUUAAUUAAAAAAUACAUAUUUAGUUUAUGACUUUAAAUUGUAGAUGCAGAUAUUAAUUCAAUUGUUUACUCUCAAAUGUUAGUCAACAACUCCAUUGUUUUGUAGGCUAUGCACACUCAUAAGAAUAGGACAUAAAAAAAAAAAAUCGUAAGUUAUUGAAAAACACUUUAUUAAAGUAGAGUUAACUCUAUAGUAUUGUUAAACUACUCUUAAAUUUUAAGAAUAGUUGUUUCAAAAUGCCAAUGAUCUAAUUUUUACUAAUCUUCAUAAUAUAUUUCAUGCUCUAUAGACAUUUGUUUGAAAAGUGAUGGUCAAAUAUUUUAGUGUUAAGGCAGCAGUGUAUCACCUUAUGUCACUGGUUUGACACUGUAGCUAGUGGAGUCGCCAUCCUCCUACAAAAAAAUAAUUUGUCGAAAAACUAACAUCUUGUGUUGAUUGCAAUAGGUGUUGAUACCUACAUAAUAAUAGAAAAUAAAUUCUAUAGAGCAUGUUUUUUAUAUAACGAGAAAAUCCUUUCUCGGUUAACUUAAUUUAAUAUUGUGUGUACUAUUUAUUACAUUUAAAUAGUGUGUAAAUAAACAAUAGUUUCGUGAGGUAAUGAAGCAGUGUUGUUAUAAUUUAAUUGUGGUUUUAAAACGGACUUCACUGACAUUUGUUUUUUCUGUGGUAAAUUAAUGAUUAUUUUAAAUGCAUUUUUCACAAAUUUCCCUUAGCAAUUUCUUAUCAAACAGCUUCACUAAAUGUUAUUAAUUAGCAAUUUAGUUAUUAUCUAUAUCUGUGCUGCAAAAUAUCAAAUUUUUUAAUAUAUGUUUGUAUUUUCAAAAGAACUACAGUAUUAUGUCAACCUUCAAUUAUCUACAUUGUUUUACAUUAUUUAAUAUUAUACCAACUACCGAUUUGGUGGACAGUUAACAAUAUUAGAACGUAAGACUUCUGCUUUUUACAUUUUAACAUUAGCUAUUUUAUUGUUGUGGUGGUUAUUAAAUAUUUCUUGCUUGGCGAUAAUAAACAUGUUCAAAACAAUAUAUUUUUUAUUUCGUCUGUUCUGUUCAUUUAUAUUGCUUCUUAUGAAAAACUACUAGUUGUUAAGAUAUAUGUUUUUGUAGAAAACACAAUAUGUUUAUUUAAAUAUUUUAUUGUGCAAUUAAUAAUAAAAAAAUAUACACCUUAUUAAGAUGUAAAUCAAAGCUGUAAUUUUAUGGAAUGCACUCACCUAUUUACAACUCACUGUGGAGUCGUCCGAUUAAACGUCAGAGCGUUGAAAGUACUUAAAAGUUUAUUCUUGUGUAGGUAUGGACAUAAGCAUGAAUAAGAAAAAAAUCAAAAUUAAAAAAAUGGAA